AGGACUAUAAUGGAUAUUAGAAAAAGCCAACCACACAUGGUUAUGGAUGUCAAAUUUAUGAUUGUGAUUCUUCGUUGAAUUUCAUGUUUUCACAUUGCAUAGCGUUUUGGACCCCACAAUCCGUGUCCCUGGACCCUGAGUUGAGCUUCCUAUGCACAGUUGAGAACUUGAGAUUGAGAGACUGGAAGUUUGAAGAAUCAAAGAGAUAGGCUGCAAUUUCGGAGAGACGUUUCUGUUCAGCUAUCAUUGACGAAGUAAAGGUAUCUGCGUUUCUGCUUGAAAACUUGCUCAGAGUCAUCUCUCUCUUAUGCUGAAAAUCUGUUUGCUGACUUGGGUUUUGCUCUAAACGAGUUCAGUGAUCGGGGAUUUGCUCCCAGCAGAAUAUUGUGUUUGGUUGGUGAAGUUUGGUGACGGGGAAUUUCAGUUUUGGAAGUUUGGAACUGUUGGUUGGAUAAAGACUUGAAAUUGGCCUAUCAUCUAUGGGUUUUGCUCAAAAUUUUGGCUUUUGUAUGGAAAAAACUCUGGAUUUUGUGAAAAUUUGAAAAUUUCAUGAUAGCUUGAAGAUUGUGGUGUACGAGUUAUAUAUGAUAUCCAUCUCUGGAUUUGGUUCUAAAUAGAUGGCAACCACAUCGCCAUCUCCAAACUCAUCUCCGCCGGCUGUGCCACCAGCUUCUAAUACUAUUUCAACACCACCACCACAACCACCCUCAACUAUUACACCAUCUUCUCAGCCAAGUUUGGAUUCACCAGAACCCUCCAACUCAACUAUUCAAUCUCCACCACCUGUUGUUCCAUCAGCUCCUCCUCCAACCACACCAUCACCCCCUCCUAAUUCAUUCCCAUCUGUAGCUACGCAAUCACCUUCAUCCAAUGUACCUCCACUAACUUCUAAUUCUCCAUCCCCACCAUCAUCCAAUGCACCUCCACCAACCUCUGAUUCUCCACCCCCACCAUCAUCAAAUCCACCAAAAAGUUCACCUUCCCCACCACCACCAACAUCUGAUCCACCUGCAAGUUCGCCUCCACCACCGCAAUCCCGUCCACCAGUGAGUUCACCUCCACCACCAUCAUCUAAACCACCUGAGAAUUCACCUCCACCUCCGUCAAAGCCACCGGAAACUUCACCACCACCACCACCAUCAUCAAAGCCACCUGAGAACUCUCCUCCACCUCCAUCAUCAAAGCCCCUGGAAACUUCACCACCACCACAGUCAUCAAAACCACCUGAGAAGUCACCUCCACCUCCAUCAUCAAAUCCCCCUGAAACUUCACCACCACCAUCAAACCCGCCAGAGAACUCACCCCCACCUCCAGCAUCCGUGCCACCCAAAAGUUCACCUCCACCACCAGCAUCAGUACCUCCAACAAAUGCACCCCCGCCUCCUAGGCUUACUCCUCCCAUUCCACCCGGUUCUCAACCAACCCCUUCACCCUCAAAUUCUCCUCCAAAGUCAUCACCUCCACCACCCGUAAAAGGACUGGCACCACCUCCACCCUCGCAUGCUUCUCCACCAGCACCUUCUCAAAUUCCAAGUCCACCAACCUCAAACACUUCCAGUCCUAAUGCACCACAAAGUUCAAAUGCCACAGGUAAUGGGGGCAUUGGUAUUGGAGGUGUAGUGGCAAUUGGUGUAGUGGUUGGGGUAAUAGUGCUUAGCCUCAUUGGAUUGGCUGUAUGGUGCUUGAGAAGGCCAAGGAAAAAGAUAUCUGGAGAAGGUUAUGCUAUGACAUCUCGUGCUUCUUCCCCCAGAUCAGAUUCAUCCUUCUUGAAGACACAUUCUUCAGCUCCGUUUGUUGGAAGUCAUUCUGGCAGUGAUUUCAUGAAUUCUCCACCAGAACCAGCAGGAUUAGGCAAUUCAAGACCAUGGUUUACUUUUGAAGAACUAGAUAAGGCGACAAAUGGGUUUUCAUCUCAGAAUCUUUUGGGUGAAGGCGGAUUUGGUUCUGUUUAUAAGGGAUGCCUACCAGAUGGGAGAGAGGUGGCAGUAAAACAACUAAAGAUUGGUGGGGGUCAGGGUGAGCGAGAAUUCAAAGCCGAAGUUGAGAUUAUUAGUCGCAUACACCACCGCCAUUUGGUUUCUCUGGUGGGCUACUGCAUUUCUGAGAACCGAAGGCUGCUUGUCUAUGAAUAUGUUGCUAAUGAUACCCUUUAUUUCCAUCUUCAUGGGGAAGGUAGGCCAGUUCUGGAAUGGGCAACACGAGUUAAGGUUGCUGCUGGUGCAGCUCGUGGGAUUGCUUAUCUACAUGAAGACUGCCAUCCUCGAGUUAUUCACCGCGAUAUAAAGUCUUCAAACAUUCUUUUAGAUAACAACUUUGAAGCUCGGGUUUCAGAUUUUGGACUUGCCAAAUUAGCUCUUGAUGCGAAUACACAUAUUAGCACACGUGUCAUGGGAACUUUUGGAUACGUGGCCCCUGAAUAUGCAUCAAGUGGCAAAUUGACUGAGAAAUCUGAUGUUUACUCUUACGGAGUUGUGCUUCUGGAGUUGAUUACUGGACGGAAGCCUGUCGAUACUUCACAACCCUUGGGAGAUGAGAGUCUAGUUGAAUGGGCUCGACCAUUAUUGAGUUAUGCUCUUGAUAAUGAGGAGUUUGAAGAUGUGGUAGAUCCAAGGCUCGGAAAGAACUACGUUGAAAGUGAAAUGUUCAGAAUGAUUGAGAUUGCUGCUGCUUGUGUGCGGCAUUCAUCUGCUAAGAGGCCACGAAUGGGACAGGUUGUUAGAGCUUUUGAUAGUUUCGCUGUUUCCGAUUUAACCAAUGGAAUGAGAGUGGGGGAAAGCGAGGCAUUUAACUCGGCACAACAAUCAGCUGAAAUUAGAUUGUUCCGGCGAAUGGCAUUUGGUAGUCAAAAUUACAGUACAGAUUUUUUUAGUCAAGAUCCAUAGUAAAUAUUGGGAGAGAUAGAUUCAUACUGAAUUCCAAGGGUUUUGCCAAAUUGAGCUAGAUAUGGAUUGGCUCAGCUGGGAGGACCCUGAUCUGUCUGAAACUGAAACUGACUGCAUCAGGUUUAGACGUUAUACAAGCUUCAGCACGGCUAUUUUUUGCCCUUGUAAAUUAUUUAGCCUAUGUAUGAUUUUGUUGCAUCCACCAACAUUUAUGGUGGAGUUAUAAGAGUAAUAAUUCAAUUUUGUUAUC